GUCCUCAUGCUUAACCUUCAUGUAGAUCGACAAGAGGACCACCACCUUGGGUUUACGUACGUGCAGGGUAUGAACGUGCUAGCGGCGCCGUUUCUCUACACCAUGCCCUCCGAGCUUGAGGCAUUCUUUUGCUUUGCAAAGUUCAUCGAAGAGUCGUGUCCCCUGUAUGUCCAACCUACCCUGGAAGGCGUCCACCGAGGGCUUAAGGUGAGCUAAUCUGGCCCCCAGUCUCGGAGUGUAGAGGUUACAAUAUGUGUCAUACUAGCUUCUUGAUCGGUGCUUGAAGAUUGUCGACCCCGAGCUUUACGCCUAUUUGCGUGCCAAGAAUUUAUCUGCGGAGAUUUAUGCCUUUCCUUGUAAGUUCAUGUAAUUCAUAA